GCCAUAGCUUGUCUAGACAUGUAGCGUCAUUCUUAAUUUUAUUUUUAUCUUUUGGCAGAGUAUUAUUCUUAAAUAUUCAUAGCUACUUAAUAAUUAGGAGGUGAAAAAAAAAAAAAUAGAAGUUUACAAAAAUCUAAAAAAUCCAGCUAAUGGCAAACCAUUGUGUAUAUAUAUAUAUAUAUCAGAAAGAUCCUUCCUGCUGCCGCGGAUCACUGAUAAUUGUCUAACUGAUCAUGUGCGUGAACGAGUAGAGUGGCGAAUCGCAUGGUUUAGCUGCAAUAAAUAUGAAUUUAUAUAUAUAUAUGUUUCCCGCUGUUAAUCAAUCUUCCACAUGUUAUCUUUCUUACAACACACACAAACAGAAUCCUCUCUGUUUCAAGACAAGCUCUGCAUUGAAAAUAUUUCUUACUUCGUCACUGUCCUUGUCAUGUCUGGCACUAAACCCUAUUUGUUUACGUACAGUGAGCCAUCAAAUUCAGAAGAAAGCCUUUGUUUAUUGCCAAUCUUUUGAAAAUAAAGUAAACAAAUACUAUUGUUUCUUCUUCUUCUUCAAUAAUAGUAAUAAUAUGCUUAGUUUUAUCCCAGUCUAGAGACGGGAAAGCUCACCCUCUUCUCAUACUCCUCUACGAACACUCAACAGUUCUUCUGCUUCAUCUGUAGCCAUGAUUACAGGUAAGGACAUUUACGAUGUUCUUGCUGCCAUUGUUCCCUUAUAUGUUGCUAUGAUACUUGCCUACGGCUCGGUUCGAUGGUGGAAGAUCUUCACCCCGGAUCAGUGUUCUGGGAUUAACCGUUUUGUCGCUGUGUUUGCUGUUCCUUUACUCUCUUUCCAUUUCAUCUCUUCUAACGAUCCUUAUGCCAUGAACUAUCGCUUCAUUGCUGCUGAUUCUCUCCAGAAAGUAGUCAUUCUGGCUGCACUAUUUCUUUGGCAAGCUUUUAGCAAAAGUGGCAGCCUUGAAUGGAUGAUUACUCUCUUCUCUCUAUCUACUCUCCCCAAUACUCUGGUCAUGGGAAUCCCUCUUUUGAAGGCCAUGUACGGAGAAUUUUCAGGUAGUCUUAUGGUUCAAAUUGUGGUGCUGCAGAGUGUAAUUUGGUAUACUCUUAUGCUCUUUAUGUUUGAAUAUAGAGGAGCAAAGUUACUCAUCUCCGAGCAAUUCCCUGAAACUGCGGGGUCUAUUACCUCUUUCAGAGUUGAUUCUGAUGUCGUUUCUCUCAACGGUCGGGAACCAUUGCAAGCAGAUGCUGAGAUCGGUGACGAUGGUAAGCUCCAUGUGGUUGUUAAAAGAUCUACAGCAUCGUCAAUGGUGUCUUCCUUUAACAAAUCACAAGGACUGAACUCAAUAACUUCCAUGACACCGAGAGCUUCGAAUCUAACAGGUGUAGAGAUCUACUCAGUGCAAUCUUCUAGAGAGCCAACACCAAGGGCUUCAAGCUUUAACCAGACAGACUUUUAUGCCAUGUUUGCUAGUAAGGCUGCAAGUCCAAAACAUGGAUACACAAAUAGUUUCCAGGGAUCAGGUAUUGGUGAUGUAUACUCUUUGCAAUCUUCAAAGGGAGCGACUCCAAGGACAUCAAAUUUUGAUGAGGAGAUGAUGCUGAAGAUUAAUAAUAAUAACGGAAAGAAACGAGGAGGGAGAAGUAUGAGUGGGGAAUUAUUUAAUGGUUACCCACCUCCUAAUCCCAUGUUUUCAGGGUCUACAAGUGGUGGAAUGAGAAAGAAGGAAAGCGGUGGAACAAUGCCCAAUAAUAAAGAACUCCACAUGUUCGUUUGGAGCUCAAGUGCCUCUCCAGUUUCUGAAGGGAAUCUCAGACAUGCAGUUAAUAGAGCUGCCUCCAUUGAAUUUGGGGACAUUGACUCUUCUAAAACUGCUGCGCUUCAAAAUGAGAAUGCUGCUUCAAGAGCCUUGCACCAACUAAGUGAAAAUAUGAGUCCAGCUGGGAGAAUGAAUGGAGAAAAGGACAGGGAUAUGGAUGAUCAAAAAAAGUUUGCACCAAAUGGGUCACCCUUCAGUUGCCAAAAGAAGAUGGAUAUGGAUAUGGAAGGUGGAGAUGGAUCAAAAAAACAUCAAAUGCCUCCAGCUAGUGUCAUGACUAGGCUCAUUAUAAUCAUGGUCUGGAGGAAGCUUAUAAGAAACCCCAACACAUAUUCAAGCCUUUUUGGUGUUGUAUGGUCUCUCAUAUCAUACAGGUGGAGCAUCCAAAUGCCGUCAAUCGUAAGCGGAUCUAUAUCAAUAUUAUCAGAUGCAGGCCUAGGAAUGGCUAUGUUCAGUCUAGGUUUAUUCAUGGCUUUGCAACCGAAGAUUAUUGCUUGUGGAAAAUCUGUGGCCACCUUUGCUAUGGCAGUGAGGUUUUUGACGGGUCCAGCCGUUAUUGCUGCUACCUCUAUUGCUAUUGGUCUUCGUGGCCCACUUCUGCAUGUGGCCAUUGUCCAGGCGGCUCUUCCCCAAGGGAUUGUACCAUUUGUUUUUGCCAAGGAGUACAAUGUCCACGCUGACAUACUCAGUACUGCGGUUAUAUUUGGAAUGUUGAUUGCGUUGCCAAUUACAAUACUUUAUUACGUGCUUCUGGGGCUUUGACUUGCAAAAACAAAAAGAAAAACAUAAAUUUAAGUGCUUAAAAAAAUUUUGGCCAUUGGAAUUGGCGCAAUACACAGUCAUUGCAUAAUCAUCUGCAUGUGACGACUUUCUCUAAAUGUCUUUUCUUGCUUUCAAUAUGUACCUUAUCCAGUUAGUUAUUAGUGGAAAAAAGUGGUAUACUAGCUAGGGCACUUUACUUACUUGGAACUCGUUUAGCUGUUUCCUUAGCUUUCCCUACAUUAACACUCUUUCAUUCUUAAAGUUAGAGAAGAUUUAAGGCAU